GUUCAGCCAGUCCGCGGCUGCACUGUCUGUCAUUCGUUCAAUCAGGGCGCUUGUCUGUAGUCUUAUUAUUACAUAUUAUUCAAUACCUAGUAAAUACCACUUUGUGUUGAUAAAAUGGUUUUCUUAACGUGUUUCUGUGCCAUUGGAUUGAAAGUGAUGUGAGCAAGAUACUAUGUUGACAAUCAAUCGGUGAUUACUGUUCGGGAUAACACAUUGCGUUCUAACAUUAAUAUGGUAUAAAAAUGUGUGCAUAGUGCAGUGUCUAAUGCAAUGAGUUCGUCUGACGGAGCGGGCACGCGACUCGGCAUGCAGGCGGCUAUAUCAGGUCAGAUAGGUAUCGGGAGUCCGGAGUUCGGGAUGGCCGUGAGCGUGCCGCCGCCGCAGAUGGCCUUCGACUUGCACGCCGUCAGCUGCGGCGACUCCUCCUCGGAGUCGCGCUCGCCGGACCUGCCGCCGGCCAAGGCGAGCGAUCGCGAGUCGCGCAUCAUAGCGGAGAAGCAGCGCCGGAGCCAAUACAACUCCCAAAUACAAGUGAUGACGUCCUUGUUGACGGACAUCGUGCACUCGCAGCGCAAGGUGGACAAGACGAGCGUGCUGCGCCUCGCCGCCAAUAAGCUGCGUAACGAACAUGUGUUCGGCGAUACUAUUACCUGCGGCCAUGUCGAAACUUGGUCUCCCGCUUUCCUAAAAUUUUUUGAUCUCCUCGGCGGCUUCAUGAUAUCAGUCACGUGCCGCGGCCGUAUUUUUAACGUCUCACCUAACGUACAAGAGAAAUUAGGCUAUUGUCAUGUAGACCUGUUGGGCCAGGAUAUUUACAAUUAUAUACAUCCUGAAGAUACAGCCAUUCUACGUCAGCACAUCUAUCCUCCUGAACUUCAGAAGGGUUGUGACAACUCAUUCAUAGAGCAACGCCAUAAUUUCACAAUUCGGAUAGUAAGGGCAGGCGCUAGGUCCGAUCCACCCAGGUAUGAGCGGUGCCGACUAGAUGGUACACUCAGACGUGCGGACAGAGCCACAGCAGUGGGGGUCCAGGAUGAACAGAUUAUUAGAAGGCAAAGAGUCAGGCACAACCGCACUUUCUCAUCGAGUGGAAAUGAUUUUGUAUUUAUUGGCAUGGUACAUGUCGUGACAAACAACAUGCCACCUCGCAUCAUGUUGCCCACAGCAUACUCGGAAUACUGGACCAGGCACCUGAUAGAUGGGCGCAUAGUGCAAUGUGAUCAGAGCAUAUCCUUGGUGGCUGGGUACUUGACGGAGGAAGUUACAGGCACAUCUGCCUUCUUUUUCAUGCACAAAGAUGAUGUGCGAUGGGUAAUUUGUGUUCUGCGACAGAUGUAUGAUCAAAGUCGGGAAUUUGGUGAGUCCUAUUACAGACUGAUGUCUCGCACAGGCCAAUUCAUAUACAUGAGAACUAGAGGUUUUUUAGAAAUUGACAGGGACACAAAGAAAGUACAAAGCUUUGUAUGCGUUAACAGUGUAAUAGGGGAUGACUAUGGUCGUAGAAUGAUGGAGGAGAUGAAACGAAAGUACUCUGUGAUAGUGGAUAUGAGCCAGGAGCAAAAUGAAAAGGUCACAGUUGGUGAUGAUGCACCAGUGGAGCACCCAAAAAAGCUAGAGCGUAUUGUUAUGCACUUAGUAGAACCUUCUGCAAUUGAAGGCUCAGAGGAGCUAAAGUUGGUGCCUCCUUCAAAGGAGAACAUUAUUUCUGCCAUUAAGAAUAGUGAAAAGAUAGUUGAAGAGACAGGUGUGAGGUUUGACUGUCGGAAACGGAAAAUAAACUCUUUCCAAAGUGAUCAAAGUGAUGCUUUAAAAAGGCACAGUGGACUUAUGGAAUAAUCUGAUCUGUUUACAGACAUUCACAGAUGUAAGUUAACUAUUUAGGGACAUUCCUUGUGGGGAUGAUGACCAAUGUUAAAGAUUGACGUUUUUUGGCAGCAAUUUGAUCCUCUAGUUUUUUUUUUAAUUUAAGUUUGGUCUCUGACAUAACUGAUCUCAGAGCAAUCAAAAAGCGUUAAUAUAGUUGUUUUCAAAUUCAUAUUAAUAUUUUUUAUAAAUUUUUAUUUAACUUGAUAUUUUUCUUUGACUGGCUGAAAUUGAAUAUUUUAGUAAUUAUGAAGGAUUGAAGGUACUGGAACUAGAUAUUAUUAAUAAGCUUUCUAUGUAAUUUUAUACAUAAAUGGGAUAGUUAAGUUAAAAAUGUAGAUAUUAAGAAAAUCAAUUAUAUGUGGCAUUCAAUAAUGAGUUUUUGAAAUGAACCUUAUUUGUAUAGAGCAAGGUUGUUAUUGCAACUGAAUUGAGUGAGAUUUGAACUAGUGAUGGUUUCACUCAAAUUGUAGAAGCAUGUACCUAUCUACUGUUGUACCUAUUGGCAUAUAAUAUUGAUAUGUUAAUCCUUAAGCCAAUAGUAAAUAUAGGUAAUCUAAGUAGAGGCAAUGUCAGGGUUGAUUUUUAUUUUGUCGUUUUUUUCCCUUAGAUUUGGAUAAAAAUUUGCCGGUUUUUGAAAAGCUCCUCAUUCCAGGCGGGAUAAAUACGAAAUACUUGUGUCAUAUAAUCAAAAAACUGUAUAUAAUUUUCCCUUGAGUUACGAAAAUACCAUAGUUUUUCGUAACUUAGUUUUUUAAGACUUUUUAGGGCAUAUGGUGAAAUAACGCGUAGGUACAGAAUAGGAAACUAUCUAUUCACGAAAUUUCAUGGAAGUUUGUCGAAAACCAAAAUUCACCAAAUAAAAACCAGCCCAUCAAAGAUAUGCCUACAUUUUUGCCAUAUCAUUAUAACAAUGCAAUAAAUGUCAAAGUGUAAACUUAUCUUUGAUAUCAACUUGCCUACUCUUGUUCCAUUAACAGCACAUCAUUUUAUGGCGAGAGUUGACCAAUACCUACACAUGGCCAUUGUUAUGAUUUACAUAGUACAACCACACUUCUACAUAAUGAAUAUUACUAUUCACUAUCAAUAGUAAUAUAGGUACUUAGUUAGGUGUGUCUGAAACGCAAUGAUCUAACGUUUAUCAGUUUCCCGUUCAGUUAAUUUUAAUGUUAUUUAAUAAAAGCUCUGCAAAUAUCAAUUUUAUUUUAUUUUUGAAUUUGUGCCAAAUGUUAUUGCAUAAUGAUUAGUAGAAUAGAUAUGGGAUAUAAAUAAAUUUAUAGGUAACUUAUGACGCAGGUCUUUACUUAUCUUUCGCCGAAUGUAUCUACGUAUACCUACAGUCAGCAGCAAAAGUUGCUUGUGGGUGAGGUGUUAAAAAUGAUUUUGACGUGGCUUUAUUUUUAGGAGAAUAAGAGCGUGUCAAGGUAAUUUUGAACACCUCGACGGCUUAGUAACUUUUGCUGCUGACUGUACCUAAACUACUGCUAUUAAAACUUGAUACCUAAAUACUAAAUAUGCUAGCAUAUUUGUUCAGAACUGAAUUAUUAAUUUCUCUAACAGUAAUUAACAAUUCUUCAAGAGAUUUAACAUCGAGUCAAGUGAUUCGAUGUACUGUACAAUCAUUUAUUCUGCACAUAAGUAUGUGCAGAAUAAAAUGUACAGUAAAAUGAACAACAAAUGAUUUUGUACAAUUUGUAUUGAAAUCCGUCAUAUAUUACAUUUUGCCGAUUUAAAUAAUUGUAAGCGCUGUAAGUUGUUGAGUUUUUUUCAUGUAAAAACUAAUUUCAUGAGUUUCAUGACUGCUGUAAAAAAUAAUUAAUUACUUAUUGUCAACUAGCCUAUUUAGGCCAAAAAUAUGUGCAGUUUUAUGAUCUUAUUUUAUGAUUGUGCAGAGAUUUAGCUGAAUUUGUCUUUCUGUACCUGAAAAUUUCGGACACGGAAGAAUUUAGAUCCCAAUUUGGAAACCUGCCAUAAAUAUGUCAUGUCGAGGGCUGCUCAUGCCGAUGUAACUGACAAUCCACAGGGGCGUAUUUACCCUAGGGCCAUCCGGGCCAUGGCCCGGUACGCCAAUCCGCCACGGGCGGCGUAUGCCGCCCCUGGCGUCUUGCUUUUUGUUAUUCUUCCUUGACUUUUGGGGCGGCAAACUUAUUGCCAAGGCGCCAAAUUUCAAAUUACGCCCCUGCAAUCUAUGUAUCUUAAUUGUGUUAAUUAAUUGUUGACAAUCCAUGUAAUUUAAUGUAUCUUAAUUGCUCAAGCUUGGUGUCAUUACUUUUCGGGAACAGAAGAUACGGCUAUGUUAUAUGACAAAUUGUUUGGUAUCGUUUACAAAUUAGAGGCUGAAAAUCAGUCGACCUCCAUUGAUCUGUUUUUUUAAUUUCUUCCAACACCUAUAAAGGGCCUAUUCCGUUUUCAUACACAACAAGAGGUAGUCUAUGGUAUCAUUGGUAUCCCAGGGAGUUUUUAGGCUAGUAGAGAUAAUAUUGAGGGGGUAAUUCUAGGUACAGAAACGGUGGCCUAAAUCGUUAUUCCAACGAAGUAUUUAUUGGUGUUUUACUUCAUAAAACACGAUAAUACCUAUAAGUGUUUAUUAAUGCACAUUGCACGUAGAUGGAUUCACGACGCUUAGUUCAUUGACCUUAUAAACAUGGUAGUGUAUACGUAGAGAUCAGCUUUGAAUAAUAAGAUUGUUUCAAACCGUUUUUUAAUGCUAGACCAUUUAGGUAUACUGGCAGGUAUUUUUUGUACGCAACGGGUAGUAAAACUUGUGGUCUACGCUAGACAACGUUAAAUUUGUGGUUUUGUGGGGCCCACUCAUCGUUUUUUUUUGUGUGAGACUGGUAGAGCAAAGCUCUAGGCGAUUUACGUUUUGAUUCAGUAGAGUAGAUAAUGUCAAUAAAUUAAAGUGACAAAUUUAACACCUAAGUUCCAAGUUGGAAAGCUUGAAAUUUUUGCUACAUUUGGGAUUCUUUCUCAUUAUCUUGGGGCUUUUUUUCCCCUUUUUUGGCCCGGCAUUUGGCCCGAUGUGAGGACGGAUUGGGGUUAAUAUCUGGGAACAAUAAAAUUGUCGCUUAGUUCCCUCAAUACGCCACCUUUGAUUUAAAAAUCGAUUCUGAUGAUUUAAAUGGAAUACAAUUGACGGCUUUAGUAGGUACCCCUGAAAAUGGGAGUAGGUACUUAAGGCAACUUAGGGCUUGCGUUAGGGGUAAUCUUAUCCUUUGGACUGUUAGAUAUCAGAAGUAUGGCGAAUUUAUAGCAACGAUGUCAGGGUCACUUAACGAUUAGGAACUAAUGUAUCGACCUGUGCUUUUAAUAAUACACUUAGUGAUUAAUACAUAUAAAAAGGUUGGUUUACAAAUUAUGAAUGCUGUCAUAUCUUGGGUACAAGAAAGUCAAAAAAAGAGAAAAUAAAUAAUGUGGCAUUUUCCAGAUACAAGGCAUCUCUUUCUCGGUUGUUAAUCGUCACACAUAGCCUUUAAUUAAAGAAAUAGCGAUUUAACCACAAACGUUUUUAAAACAUGACGCUAUUACUCAGUAAUCGUUUGACUUGACAUCCGACAAAAUGGUAUCUUGAGGCAAAGAUCAACACAAGUAAAUAAGUAUGUAUAGAUAUGGUGCUGGUGGUUUAAUUAACUGUCACCCGGAAAUAAUAGCAGCUGUAUUCCCAAUUUAAACAGUGAUUAUUAAUUCAUACCUAGUUCUCGUUACCACUUAAAACUUUUUGAGUCUCACCUCUACUACCAACUCUACCUUUUAUGUAAGUUGUGAGAGUAUAUGGACCUUAUUGGAAGAGAUGGGUUCGGGCGAGUUUGAUUUGGAAUCAAUAAUUAUUUUAAAGUGGAGUCUGCCAUUUUGAUAUAUAUAAGAGUUCACAAAGUCCUAAACUCUAUUAAAUACCUAUAUACAGAUGUCUUGAUGAACUACUAACUUGAAACACUGUUCGUAUGUUCCUUUUUUGGUGUGCAGUUGUGGUCUACUACAUCCACCUAAAUAUGUAACUUAGUACAAUUUUAACGUUUACAGUAAGUGAAAGAGAACACUGGUUUAAGUGACAUUAUAAAGAAAUUCUGAAUCUAGUUUACUUACCCAACCCGAAUAUUUACAUAUAGAUACAUUGUUAUAAUCAGUGAUCGUACAUUUUCCAGCAUUUUUGGCGCAGCGGAGUGGUGUUAACGGAAUUGGUAUACCUAAAUAAUUUCAAUCCUAAUGAUUAAUUAGCGUUAAUUACGUUAAUUUUAACCUUAAUUUACCAUUUCAGUUCAAAUUAUCUAUACCAAUUCCGUUAACACCACAGAAGCUCCAAAAAUGCUGGAAAAUGUACGAUCAUUGGUUAUAAUGGGUCUGCUGUUUGCAACUGGUCUGAUUGAAAAAAAAAAAUGUUUAAUACUGCAUGUACACUAAGAAUAGUUGUUUGCUCGAUUUAACGUAUUAGGCAUAACUGGUGCAAUCAAUUAAAUUGUAUUUGUAUGUAUUUAAAUGAGACAGAAAUGAUAAAUAUGAACGUUACAUAAGUAUGUGCACUUCUAAUGUGAAAUAAUACAAAUAAGUGUUGGUCUGUAUGUAAAAGUAGUAAGUCCAGAUUUGUUGUUUACAGUGUUGAAUCAAUGUGUACCUGUACCGUUUACUGACUGUUUCAUAUUGACUCAUAAGAUAUGUAUAAAAAUAAAUAAAGUACAAUUUAAGGCAAUAGGUAGCAUACAUAAUUUUUCGCCUCACCAGCUUAUAAAGGCUCUCUUUUUUCUUCAAAAACUGAUGAAAAACUUGCCUUAAUCCACAAGAGUGGCAAAGUUUCGAGUUGUUUCUUCAUUUUCGCUAGUAGAUAUACCUCAUAAGUGAUGAUUUUGAAUAAUACAUGUUUAAUAACGAUGGUUGCUUCGUUGGUUGAUAUAAAAUGAUUUACAGUUAAUAUUUUCCUCGCGUUGGUGUGGUGAAAAAUUUUGUGUUUCCCUCGGGAGCAAUGUUUGUUUAACCCUCGGGCUUUGAACCUCGAAAUUUUCAAGAUUCUACUUCUCGAAACAUCUUACAAAUUUUGGAAUCUUUCGCUUGCUCCGGUAUAAAUAUUAGCACGAGGGGUUAAAUAACAUCCUUGUCCCCUUGUAAAACAAUUAUGGCACCUUAUUAAAAACUAAAAAGUUAUCUAUAGAGUGGUACCUACUGUUUGUCUUAAGAACGACAUUUAAUGUCAUUACAUAAAUUGUCAUAAAGCGAAUGGUGAAGUAGCGAGGAUUUAUGAUACCUACUCUACAAUUUAACAAACUCCGUCCAGGCGUGAACCGAAAAUCUACAUUUGUUGUCAAAGUUAGCAGAUCUAAAUUAAGAUACCUACUGAGCUGUGGCGACUUGUUGGCGUAGCGUUAGAGAUCUGGGCUCAUUAACCUUUUGAGACUGGUUGUUUACAGUUUGCUCUUUUUCCUAAGCGUUUGCCAAUCUCUUCCUUUUAGGCUAUCUUCGGACAGUCGCUGCAACUUGUAGAUACAUAUUGAUUAAAUUACAAGUUUUAAAAAUAGAGAUCUAUACUGAUUGUGUAGUUUUUAUACUUAUCAGGUGAUAUAAUUGCCGUUCAUAUGUACGAUCCGCUUGCAUACAAUGUACUCUUAUCAUUGAUACCCGACUGAAUGAUCAAGUCUCGAUCGAGCACUACUUGACGGAUACGUGUUAUGUAGGUUGGUAGCUGUUAUGUUAGUAGGGUUCAAUAAUGUUACGGCUACUUUUGUUUAAGGCCGUAUGACGGAUGUUUACAAAGAAAUGGGACCUUAGAGGUAUAAGAGAGCCAACAUAAAAUGCGGGCCCUGUUGUUGUGUACUACAAAUAUUAAAUGUACUAAACUCUGUUUAGAUUUCACAGAUAUUAGGUAUUUAAGUAAAUGACGAGAAUGAAUUUACCUUCUUCAACCUUACUUACUAAAAUUUACUCGUAAACCAGUGGUUUUUAAACGGUAGUCCUCGGGCACUGGCAAUCUACGGAAGCACCUGAAGUGGUACCUACCCAAAUGUAUAAUCAGAACAACUAUUAGCUGGCUGACUUUGUCGAGUGGCUCUUAGAGCCAAAAGGUUAAGGAAAGGUGUCAUUUCCGUAUCUUUGAAUUGUAAACGGAGUUUAGGUAUUAGGAAUAUGUAAGUACUAGAAUUGGCACGGUAACUAUAUGUAAUAUAAAACUUAUAAAACGCCGAUGAUGCAUCUGCUCAAGUGUUAAAUGUUGUUUAUGAUAUGUGUAUGUAGUUAUUAAUAGAUAGUGUUGUUAGGAGUAGUUAAUAAAUGGGCAUUUUCAUGGGUUGUGACACGAAUAUGUGAAGCCAUUUAUACAUUCUAGUACACCGUGUCACUAGUUAUGUCAGCUACAUUUUACGGAUGUGAAAACUCGGAUUUUCCUUGUCAUAAAAGGAGACAAGCAACAUACUCGAAAUAGAUUAAUAAUACAGGACGUGGGCGUAAUUAUACCUAUAGUACAAUGUAAGUGGAAGUGUUAAGGCCAUGCCCACUGUCUACCUAUACUUGCUACUUCACAACAAUAGACGAUGAAAUAACCUAAACUCUUUUUAGACGAAUUGAUUGAUGCCAUUAGUAUUUGUUGCAGCUACUUAUAGACACUAUCAAACAUGCUCAACAAAUAUUAUGUCGUACUAUCAAUUGUGCGUGUAGGACGCAUGUUGCUACGUGUUGAUAAGAUGAUAAGUUGAUAACGUGGGCCAUUAAAGAGUUUCAUUUCAUUGAAUAGAAAUAAUAACUUGUCUGUCGGGGUACCAACCCUAUUAAAUAGAAUAGCGAAGUACCUUAUGUUUGGAUAAUGAUCCGCUCAUUUGUAUAAGAUCUAUUACAAAAUAUUUGCAAAAGUGUAUCAAUCAUUAAUCCUUUGUACGUAACCUGCAGUCAGGGCCUCACCAAUUAUCUUGUAAUUAAAAACGAAAUGAACUUUGAAGUCAAGGGGACUAUUCUGAAGUUUGCUUACUCCACAAGUCCACAUGUUAUUCUUUGCGAUAGUUACGUGUUUUACACUGGAUACAUUUGAUGUAUCAACCCUAUGUCAGUCGUCAAGCAACGCAAGUGCACAUUCGAGUGUAAGAGUGACAUUCCAUUUCCAACUGCAGCUGCAAUACUGUUCAUUUUACUAUGGAAACGCGUCGCUGUCAUUGUCAAUUUCCAUAGAAAAUGAACAGUAUUGCAGCUGCAGUUGGAAAUGGAAUGUCACCUUUAAUCGUAUUUCAAUGUGAUGUGGAUAGAUGUAAUUCCUUACUACCGUAAUCCUCAAUGUAUUCAUUGUUGUCAACCAACAAAUCCACAAUCCACAAACUCCUACGUCUAGAAAAGAGAAUAGUGUCUCAAAGUUGUUGUGGCAAAUAAUUGUACAUACAUUGACAUUUAAUGUAAUAAAAUAAAAUUGAUAUGAUUGAAAA